AUGAAGCUGAGAGGUUACAACGUGGACACGACGAGUUUGGACACUUUGCAACACGGGCCGACGUUGAGGUUCAAAGCCGGGGAUACGGUGACGGUGACGCUCAAGAACGAAAUGGCGACGUGUGCUAUGGCUGACUGCACGCACCCGGCUUCAGGAAACGGGUAUCACUACUCGCAAAAGACAAAUUUGCACACGCACGGUUUGCACGUCAGUCCAGAUACGGGGGCGGAUGAUGUCUUUUCUACCGUAGAACCCGGAGAAAGUGGAACGUAUACGUACAGUAUUCCAAGCGACCACGCAGGGGGGACGUUUUGGUAUCACGCGCACCAUCACGGUUCGACCUCUUUGCACGCGGCAAGUGGCAUGAUUGGCUUUAUGAUUGUUGAAGAUGCGACGGAUGAAGUGCCGAGUGCGAUUUUGAAUGCCGACGAGGUCGGUCCUUUGGCUAUCGCGUACAUGGAUUUAGCGGCGCUGAAGUCGAUCGCGAGCGAAAGUCCCGGUGAAGUUUGGACUUCUGCUGAUGAUUCAAUCGACGGCGGUUAUAAAGGCUAUUUUGUGAACGGUAAAGUCAAGCCGAACUACGACGUGAAAUUGAACCGAUGGACGAGAAUCCGAACGGUUUUCUUGGCCACCGAUAUAGACGCUAUCAUUUCGCACAACGGCGCUACGAACGGGCAAUCGUGCGAGUGGUAUUUACUGGCUAAGGAUGGCGUGUACGUCUCUCCGGCACCAAGAGCUUUGGGCGAUGGUAAGUUAUACUUGGCCCCUGGUAACAGAGCGGACGUGAUGAUGCGAUGCACUGGAAGUUUGGGGACCGUGACGGUUUCCGCCGAAGCUGCGGCCAAGAAAAGACGUCGAUCUUUGCUUCAAGGCGGCGGCCCCGGCGGCGGCGGCGGUGGCGGUGGCGGUGGUUACGUUGCUGGCGAGUUGUUCACCAUCACCGUUGUCGCGGAUGAUUCUGCGGUGACGACUGGUGAAAACUACGAUGAUAUUUCGCAAUUUAAUCCGAAAAGACCCGCAUACUUAAUGCAGACGUUGAAGGACGAACCGGCCGGGUUACCAACGCCGCUGACGCAAAGUGUCACUUUCACUGCGGCAGAUGGUGGUUGCGGCGUGAACAACGUACAAUUUGUGGACAAAGACACACCUCUCGGCUCAGUCGCUCUCGGUACGGUACAGAAAUGGACCGUCAAUGGAAACGAAAAACACCCGUUGCACAUUCACGUGAACUCUUUUCAACUUUCAGGCGUGACGGACGCUUCUGGUUACUACCAAGACGGAGAUUGGCACGACGUCGUAUACCGCCCUACUGGCGUGACCAUCGACAAUUAUUACUUUAUGGUUGAUCGUUACGCAGGAAAGAAAGUUGUUCACUGCCAUUUCUUGACGCACGAAGAUAAAGGAUGCAUGGCCUUUUACACCAUUACCGGAGCCGAAGGCACGACCGUAUCUGGCGCCACGGCGUCGGCGAUGGCGACGUUGACGACGACAACUUCGGACCUCGCCUCCGAUGGAACGUCAACGACGACGACGACGACGACCACCACCACCACUUCGUCCGUCGCUGGUCGUGCGACUAUGAUGCUGAGAGGUAAAUGGAUCUACCUGGGUAUCACAACCACUGUCACUCUUUUCUUUUUGUAA